CGCCGUCGUACUACUACAACAACCAAUACUAUUACUACUACUACUACUACAACAAUACUUACGUAUAAUUUACUCUGUGCAACUGGUGCCGAAUCUGCGCCGGGGUAGUCGCACGCUGAACACGCGUCUGGUAGGUGCGAAUACGCUCUCGUGAUAUUGUACAGUCGUCGGCCGAUCCGUUCCGUUUUUCUAUAUCAUUCAAUAAUAAUAUUAUUUCGCGUACGCGCUGUAAUAUGAUAAUAUAAUAAAAUUAUUGUUAUUAUUAUUAUUAUUAUUAUUAUCAUAUUAUUACCAUAUUAUUGAAAUAUAUUAUUUUAAAUCUGUGCGUCUCGCGUCUUCACGAGGUAUUUACCGAGCGUUUAUUUUUUUUCACCACACGUCGAUGUGGAAAUCUAAAAAUAUAAAAUAAAUAUACAUAGAAAAUAAUUCGCAUUUUCUCUACCGCGUGUCGCGUACUUAACGAUAUCACAUUGCACAUUAUCGUUGUUAUUAACAUUUGUAUAAAACCGUCGUCCGAGUGCUGGUGCCGUCCGUAGAACUCAAUAAUAUUGUCAUCACCGUUGCCCGAAAACGAGCGCGCAUGACUACCGAACAUCAUCACAGUUCGCGCACACGAUGAACACGAUGGUCACGCCGUUUUCUUCUGCAGCCAUCGCCGUCGCCGUCUGUCAUUCGACCGCCGUGAGCGCAUCGUUCUACCGGUGACACGAGAACCAUUUGCACAUCGCCGAAGUAGGUUCAGAGGUAGGUGGUCGUCGACAACCAUACGCCAAGUAGUUCUCGUCGACACCGAAUUUCCGGGACAGUGUUACGCGUCGUUCGGAGCGCCGCACCGUGCACGCCGCUCAGCUCGCGCUCCGGUCUCGUUAGUGCGUGCGCCUGCACACCGUUGCACGCUGCACCGGCACACAUAUCGUCCCGUGCACACGCGUAGAGACGCAAUUCGCCUACACCGCAGUACACUAUGAACUCGCCACAAAUGUACGACACGGCACCGCAGCCGCACGCCCAUCAGCCGCAUCAUCAGCUCAGCCAACAAGAAUUGACGAUGGCCGCCAAGAAAGCACAGCUCGGACAGCUCAAAAACAGGUACGACAUAUCGGAACUGUCCACGCCCGAGAUAUCGCUCGACCUGCAGAACCUCAUUGACGACAGCCAGUUCAGCGAAGGGUUGUUUACGGAGAUCCUGCAACAGGGCCAGGUCAAGUUGCCCAACGGCACCGGCGGCGGCCGGAACGGCGUCAACCAGAACGGUUUCAACUCGCGCACCACGCUAGCGUACAUGCCGCAGCCCGUGCACUACGAGAGCACGCCGGCUUCCGCGGGCGGCCCCAUCAAGGAGGAACCGCCGGAGUCCGUCGAGUUCCGGAACCAGCAGCAACAGCAACAGCAGCAACAACAGCAGCAACAGCAACAACAGUACCUUAGCAACGGCCAGGGGGGCGCGUUCCAGACGUCUCCCGUGUCCAGCAACGGCAGUAGCUCGCAUCUCAAGGCCCAUCACCACAACCACCACCGGAAGUCGAGUUCCGGCAGCAACAAGUCGGUGGACAAGAACACAGACGAGUACAAGAGAAGGCGCGAACGGAACAAUAUAGCAGUUCGCAAGAGCCGGGAAAAGGCGAAGAUCCGCAGUCGUGAGACCGAAGAGAAGGUCAAACUGUUGGUCAAAGAGAACGAGCGGCUACAGAAGAGGAUAGAGCUGCUUAGCGAGGAACUCAACGUUCUCAGGUCGCUAUUCACCAACGUGGGCGUCCUGCCCGAACACCUUCACCGGGAGCUCAACAAACAUUUCGACGCUUAUCCACACUUACAGUGAACCAUCGUAUGCGUGGUUUCAAGAAAUUGGCAUCGAUGAAUCCGAUUCAAUAUCAUCUCCUCUCACACUUUUUGGUAUUAAACAGGAAUAUUUUCUGACCUGUUUUUUUUUUAUUAUUAUUAUUAUUAUUAUUAUUUCUAUUAUGAUUAU